AUGCUGGACAUUGAUUUAGAGUUGCAAGGCCAGGUGGAAAAAGAGCUUGAUUAAGGAGAUUAGCCCCAAGCAAUAGAGACUUUAAUCUAAGGCUCUUUUGAGAAAGUUAUUGAGUCUUAACAAUUGUAUGAUACAGAGAGUAAAUAUAAUAUGUACAAUGAAGUGGAGUAUUUCGAAGAUGAUUUCAUUAAGAUAAAAGCUUAAGAUCAGAUCAAGUAUGACAAACUAGAUUCUAUUAUAAAAUUCAGGAACGAUGCAGAAUACAGUUACUUUAAUGAUUUGGAGUAACCUAUGCGUAGAAUGAAAGUCAAAGAGUCUAAUAUACCUUUACAAGUUCUAUAUAAUCCCCAAGUAGAAAAAAUAAAAAGGGAGGAUAGAUUUAGAGAAGAAUAGAAUAUUAGACCAUUAGUGUUUUCUUAUAAAUUCAAUGAUGAGAAGACAAAUAUUACUGGUGUAAAAGUUGAGGUAAUGGGAGACGAGGUGGAGAUGAAAGAAGUGCAGUUGAAAUAGCAAAUGAAUUAGGAAAAAAUAUUUAAUCAGUUUCUGAAGGCCACACCGAAAAUUGGCAGUCUCUACUUCGAUGGAGACAAUAACACUGCAAGUCCAAAACGAUCUAAUUUACCCUAAUCUUUUAUCCACAAUUAGGUAACCUUAAAUAGAAGAGGUACCUUAAUAAUCAAAUAAAAUAGAUUCAGCAUCAAUCUUGGAUAAUAAAAUCAUAGCAAGCUAUUGCGUAACUAGAAAGUGAAGAAAAAAGUAAAAUCCUAAAUUAAUAAUUUUGAAGAAGCGACAAAGUUAAUUCAAGAGGAGGAGGAUGAAGAAUAUUCAGGGGAUGAAAACUAUGAGGAAAUGAAACCAAUGAAGAAAUAAUAAGAAAACAGGAGGGAAUCCAUAAAUUCUAUAAUUAGUAGUGAUAUAACUCCAGCCUCUUCAGAGCAAUCAAGAAUGCAAGCAUCUAAAUUUAAACAAAAUAUUCAAAGAUUCAAGAAUUAGCUAAGUGUAUAAACUAGACAGUUAAAACUCGAUAGUUUUAGAGUUAAGAUAUCACCAAAAACCAAAUAGACAGUUGCAAAUCUUAAUAUAUUUAGUCCGAGUCACAAUAAUGAGCCAAUCCUAAAAUAGAAUACCCAAGCAUUUCACAGUUUGUCAAUAAUUCGUUCUAAGCCCAAUACUUCAAUAAUUGAUCAUUCUAAAUUAUCAAGGACUGCAAAUAAUUCUCCUCAUUUUAAGUUUCUUUAGAGCAGUCCCAUGAGAUAUAAAUCACAGAUGGAUCAUAAUCUUUUGAAAACAUCGAUUAAAACUGCUCUGAAAACUGUUAGUUUACUUGAACCGAUUAACAAGUCAAAGCUUAUUUUUUCUAAGUGGUAUCUCAAUCCUGAUUAACUCUCUUAAUAAUGCAAGAAAACAUUCAAUAAUCCUGAGCAGAUAACCUAGAUGGAAAAUAAGAUUAUGGAAAAUAAGAUUAAUAAGCGGUCAGUCAAGCAGAUGGUAGAUGAAAUCAAGGAAAAUGUAAUUAAAAUUAGAAAUAAGAAUAAAAUCUGA